AUGACACCCAAAAAUUUGUUAUGGUUGCCCACUGAAAUCCUGGAGAUGAUUACGCUACAUUUAGAGUACGCUUAUGAGGUCAAAUCCCUCUCGCAAACAUGCCAACGACUCUAUAUCAUCGCCGAUACAUGUCUAUACAAGUAUUAUGCGAAAGAAUGUCCUCCGCAUGUACUUGAUCGCAUCGUGAUGGACGACAACAUGGACGCACUCUACAAGCUCUUGGACAACGGACUCAAUUUCCAUCAAUACUUUCGCAUUACUGAUCGCUCAACCCCCAUCAUCUUCACUGUCGAUAAGGAUCUUGCAAGAAUUGCCAAGCUGCUUGUUACCUACAGCGGGGUGCGUUUGCAAUAUGCCCCAUCAAUCUUCGAUCCGGCCCACAGGGUAUAUGGCCGGGGCCGUGACUUCGAAAAGGCUCUCUGCCGCGCCGCGUACAAAGGCAGCCUCGGUGUCCUGAAAGUACUUGCAUCAUCUCCGGUAGUGACCGGGUGGUACAAGGCCAUUGCUCUGCGGUACGCGGUCAAACAAAGCCAUUUAGCCAUGGCUAAGUACUUGAUCGAGGAGGCGGAGGUCAAUGUCAACCAACAAGUUCCUCCGCCAAGUUUCUUUGAAUCGUACCUCGCAGAAUCCGCAAACCAGGAAAGUUUGGAAAUGGUGAAACUCCUCGUGAACGCCGGUGCUGACCUUAAGUGCCCCAGCUUCCAGCGCAUGGAACAGUCCCCUCUUUGCAUCGCUGCGUUCAGAAAUCAUGGAGCAAUAGUACAGUAUUUGAUUGAAAUGGGCAUGUGUUUCCCUCGUGUGAAGCUCUCUGAUAUCCUGGGUUUGGAAAAACUUUUCGUCCUGCCAGGCUACACGAUCUCGAAUGUGGUAAAGGUGGUAGACAUACGGGCAAUCAUGUCUGGCCCCGAAUACCAAACCUGCGGGGGCUACGCUAGAAGUUGUUUCUACAGGCUGAUUGCAGCUUGGAAUGAUUUGCCUUUCUACCAAGAAUGUUGGGAAAUGCGGGAUUCAUCCGAUUGGGAGCAUUUAACAAGCGAUUUUGAAGUCGCUAUACGUCACGAGGAUUUGACUCUUGCGCGAUACAUAAUCGACGAAAUGGUCAAGUCGGAAGAGAUAGGUUGGCGCGAAUGGUCAACAGUCCUCUCUUACACAUUAUCCUACGCCAGUGUCCCCGCCUUUGAAAUGUUGCUGGAGCGCGCGUCGCUUGAUCGAGUCAAAUGCAGAAAAGGCUGGAAGGACAUGCUUGCCAAAGCCAGGGACUAUCCUAAGCACAUGGAGGUCCUUCUGCAUCGCGGCUAUCUCGACAAAACCAAAGAUAUAUGCAUACUCAAGGACAUGCUUUGCAGCGCAUUCAAAGUUGGCAAUCUUGCAUUUGUUUGGAGUCUAAUAGAACACGGCGAACUGGGUCUCUUCGACACACUCAAUUGCCCGGAUCUCGGAUACCACCAGCAAACUGUGUUGCAAAUCGCAGCGUUUCUCAGUCCCUUAGAAACCUUCCAACAAUUCCUCGGUACCCGAAAUCUGACUCUGGACCCAAAUAAUCCCACACACUGCGCUGCACUGGUAAGCGCAGCUGUGGGGACGAAUAUCGAUGUCGUCGGGUACUUUCUGAAGAAAGGGUUCGAAAUCAAUGCCUUGUACGCAUCGCCCACCUCAAAAGAAGAUAAUGUGCGGGAGGCUUUGACGAUCCAGGUUGCCACAGCGUGGGGUAAGGUCGAUGGUCAUUUCGGCGAAAGCAUUCUUGAGGCUGUUACAGCAGUGAUGGUGUUUUUGCUUGACCGCGGGGCUCAGAUAGACGCAACGAAUUCGCAAGGGCAAACGGCUUUAUCCAUCGCAUUAGAGCAUGAGAACUCCAAGCUUGCUCGUAUGCUGCUCAGCAGAGGCGCAGAUCCCCUGAUCGCACUCGAAUCACGCGAUACGCUCAGCGCAUUGGAAGAACUAAUCCAGAUAUUCCUGGAGAAGGAGCACAAUCUGAGCUAUCUCGAUAUGCUGCGGGCUUCUCUAGAGACUAUGGCUGCUAGGGGUUAUCCAAGUGAUGAUUUCCUUCGCCUUAUGCCGAGUAUUGAGGGCACGCUUUCUCGCCCGAGGGUAAUCCCACGGCCUGAAGAUGCUCCGGAUUCGGAGGGCCCCAUAACGCUGCCGUACUACGAGGACAAGGAGUAUGUGCGUUGGUCCCACUUCUAUUUGAUCAGGGAGUUGAGAAAACAAUAUUGGCGGGUCACAUAUCCAGCGAAUUAA